UAUCUAUGACCCGGUGGGACCAUCGCUCCGCCAUUCGUUUGAAGUUUGAUUUUGUUUUCAAGGCAAAAAAAUAAGUCAAGUCCAAUUUAAAUUUUGUUAAAAAUAAAUGCUAAGCACUAAGUGUAGAUAUAUUAUUAAAUGUAAAAUAGUAAUGCUAUUUAAAUGUUAAUUUGUUUCUGAUCGUAAAUCAGCAUCAGCAAUGAAUACAAAAAUUAAAAAAUGUUGUCCAAAUUGCAGUCAGUUUUUCAGCUUGAAGUUGAUAUCUUCAAAACAAAACCCCGAAAACAUACCGCUUUUUUUAAAGUGCGGCCAUUCUAUGUGCGAAAAUUGUAUUACAAAUUUGGUCAAGUUUGAAGAACCCAUAGAAUGCAAAAUUUGUCAUAAAGAUAUGGAAAUAGAAACUAACGAUGUUAAGUUAUUGGUAACAAACAAAUUAAAACUACGGCAAUUGUUUCCAGUCAACAUAUAUAUGCUUGGAGAGUUAUCACUAGAGCUUUUAGAGGCAAAAAAUGAAGUGAAGAAUAGUGAUGAUGAUUGUUUUCUUAAUUUGAAAGCACUUCUUCAGACAACAGAAACAUGUCUAAGUCAAUGCUUGGAAUGUACGAAUCCAACAACUAAAAUGUGUAGACAAUGUGCAACAGUACUGUGUGAGGUUUGUUUCAGCAAAAGUCAUAAGAACUUUGUCAUAUUUAGAAAUCAUGUUCUCCAAAAUAUAGAACCAGAAUUAGCAACAAAUAAUUGCAAAGUACAUGCAGAAAAACCAUUGGAGUACUAUUGCAAGGACUGUUCUAAACCAAUCUGUAUGGAUUGUUUGGUAAUUGGAGGUGAAAAAUCGUGCAAAAAUCACAACUUGGUGUCCACACAAGAAGUUAAUGAACAGCUUUUGGAAGAUUUAGCUGAAAUCUGCCCUAAGGUAGAUGAAACUUAUAGACGGUUAACCAAAACUGCAGUUGAUAUUGGCCAUAUUUUAUAUAAUAUUGAAAAUGAUAGUGGAUCUUCAGAACUGUCACAUAUCGAAAAAGAGGUGGAACAAAGUUUCUCCAAGCUUUCAUCUAUUGUGCAAACUCUUAAAGAUGAGACAGUCAGUAAAAUUGUUAAACUAAGGACAGCAGAGAAAGAAUCUCUAGAAAAUGCUAAAAAAUCACUUGCUGAUUCAAUCAAGAAUGCAAUAUAUGUGUCUAAUUCUGUGAAAAAAUCUUUAAGUGUGGAGAAAAUUAAACAGGCUAACAUGUCUUUGCUACUAGAGGAUGCUAAGAAAGUUGUUAAUAGUCCUUGGUACUUAAGCCAGAAUAAAGGUGAUAUUAAUGUUGUUGUCAAUGAAGAGGCGUGCAACCUCCUUGGAGACUUUAUCCGUUUGGAAGGUGAAAUGGACAGUACAUUUAAACUCCUUACUACUGAUGAAAUAGAUUCAAAUGUUGAAAUACCUCCUCCUCCCGUAGCACCAGUAUUUCCACCAGAGCUGCCCAAAGUCACUAAGUUAACUCCCCAUGUUUUAGAUGUAAGAGUGAAAAAGACUCAGAAUAAUCCUAAUGUUCAAAAAGAGAAUGUGAAAUCUCAGUUGUUCUAUACAAAGGCUCCGACAUACCGCAGCAAGAGUGCUUCCGUCUCAUCCUUGAAUUCACUCAAUAGUGAUUCCUCUUACAAAAGUUCAAGCAUCAGAGAUGAUGGACUGUACAAGCCUGUACACCAAGUGUCACCAUAUCAAGAGAUCCCACAACCUAAGCCAUUGUGUGCAGGUGGUCAAGAACUAGUGUAUAUAUCACAUAUCGUGACGCCGCAUAACUUUUACGUGCAACGAGUUAUUCAUAUGCCGAUGCUUGAAGAGUUAAUAAAGGAGUUUCGAAACGCCGUCUCCCUGCCUAAACCGUCUGUUAACAGUAUUGCAGAAGGCAAGUCAUACUUAGUGUUCAAUAAAACUGACAACCUGUGGCAGCGCUGCCGAGUCACCGGCAUAGAGAAGAAGGACUCCAACAAAAACUUGUACCAUGUCUUUUGUAUGGACUUUGGAAGUACUGAAGUUGUUACUAUAGAUAAACUGCGGCUGCUGUCGCCCGCGCGUGCGCAGUCGCCGGCCCCCUUCGCGGUCAACUGCUCGCUGGCGAACUGCGAGCCGCGCGCCGGCGCCUGGACCAGCGACGACGCGCUCCUCAUACAGAACAUCACCGACAACAAGCAGACGGUGGUGCACAUCCAGCGCGUGCGGUGCGCGGCGAGCGGCGUCAGCGUGGAGUGUGACGUCACCACGUACGAGAACGGCGUCAGCCUGGCGCACGCGCUCGCCUUCCAGGGCCGCGCGCGCCUCCUCAACCACAAGAUACCGUACCCAAAAAAUAUAAAUGCCGGUAAAAAGCCGAAGCUGUUUAUAAACAAUAGUGACUAUAAUUUGAAAACAAUGGAAGAAGUCUACAUAACUAGUAUAAUAAGCCCGGAUCAUUUUUACGUGAGAAAGGUACACCUGCAGAGUGUAUAUGAAAAAUUAUGCGAAGAUCUCGAUCAGAAUUACAAUAUAAACGUUAAAACAGGCAGUAUCUAUUUACCUGAGAAAGGUAAAUAUUUUCCCGACAGCGCAGACAGCCCCGACACCGACAAUGAACUGCACUGUAUUAACACUGAAAUGGUCAAAUACAAGUUUGCUGUCUCUAUAGGAACAUUCAUGUUUAACAAAGAAAAUGUAUUAAAAGAUUGUGUGAUCACAAACAAGUUGCCGGUGGACCAAGAGAAAUCCUCGGAUACACCCAAAAAGAAAACUAAUAAAAUCAGAGUGUUAAAGAAGCCGGAGGAGUUGCCCAAAUGUACAGUGAAAAAAGAACAACUGGAGGCAAAAGAUAAAGGACCCCUCAGAUUAGAGGCGAAAGUACUUUAUUAUCAAUCGCCUUCGCUAAUUUAUUUAUCACUUGUCCAUCAACAGCAGACAUUCAACACCUUAUUUGAGAAUAUACAAAAAUACUAUUCAAAAAAAAAGGCUCAGAAUAAGAACAACUGGAAAGUCGGAGACAAGUGUUGUACUAUGUGCCGACAGUCGCAGACGUGGCGACGCGCUACUGUACUGGACGUGCAAGGCGACGACGCUAAAGUAUUUUACUCCGACUUCGCUUGCGUCGAAACAGUCCCUAUUAACACUUUGAGGGAAUUAACUCAGGAGUUCUCUGCUAUCGGUUACGCUGCUAUGAAGUGCCAUCUCUCCGGCGUUGUGUCCGCGGACGGCGAGGACUGGCCUUCACUCACCAAGGAGUAUUUAAAGGAAUUACUCGAUGCAUACAAAAGAGUAUUCAUAACGAAAAUGGGCAACUUCAAAGAUAUGAGUAUGCCGAUAGAGAUGUGGGUGUACCACACUAUACAGGGCAGCGCGCUCGAGCCCAACACCUCGGAGUGGCGUUGCCUCAACAACAAGAUUGUUGAACAAGGAUUGGCGAUACCUGAUAAAUCUCAACAGGUCGAGACACCUAACGAUAAGGACAAAUCGGACGACAAUAUGUUGUCGUUCCUUAACGUUAAAGGCUCCGUAGAAGAAUGGCUGCAACUGGAACCCAUGCCUACGAAACCUCUUUGCAUCGACCCGUCUGACAACGAGCGAUCUAACGCAUCCUCACCUGAAUGCGAAAUUAACUUCGCUGAUGAUAAAGCAAACAAAGCUAACACCGUCUUCAUAUCUAACUGGAUGCCUCCGGAACCACCUCAAAACAAAGAAUUCGUCGGUGUGCCAACGUAUGUAGAUAAUGAUGGCAUCAUAUAUCUCCAUGAAGUCUCACAGCAAGAAACAUUAGAAAUGAUACAAAAAGCAUUGGAUGUUCGCUUCAAUAAGCCCGAUCAUAAAGCAAAAUACGCGUCGUGGUCAGUCGGCGAGCCUUGCGUCGCCAUGUACUACCUGGACGACAAGUUUUACAGAGGCCGUGUCUUAGAAGUUAACAAAGAAGAUUCAACAUGUUUAGUGCAUUACAUCGAUUAUGGAAACGAUGAAACUUGCAGCUUCUCCAACCUAAGGAAAAGUAUCGCUCUCUAUCAACUACCCACACAAGCGCUUAAAUGUGUACUAACCCGCAUUGAGCCCGUCGACAAAUUCUGGGACAGACAAACUUUGGACUACAUGCACAAAUCGAUCGUGGAAAAGAAAUGCUUUAUAAAAAUAACAGGAAAUCCAAUUGAUGGCAUUUAUCCUAUCGAAUUAACGUGCAAUAAAUUAUUGUUUAACGAUCAUUUGGUCGAAUUUGAAAUGGCGAAGUAUAGUGAUGGAUCGAAAGCGGUAAUAAGGAGAUUCGCUCCUAUCGACAACCAACAGUUCGAACUAGAUGAAACCGCCACGAUCGAAUCGGAUUCUGCCCCGGAUUAUAUUAUCGAAGAGGAUGAUAUUGAAUCCGCCAACGACUCCUAUUGUAUGGAAUCUUUGCAGGGCAAAGAUUGGAAUUUGUUAAUACAGGAGGAAAAAGAUAAAAAGAUGCUUUCGGGAAAAUUUUUAUCUUUUAAAAAGAACGUGAUUGAUAGUGAUGAUAAUUUCAUUUGUAACAUCACGGUGAUAAAUGACUUUAAAUGUUUCGAAUUGUUUAUAUUGCACGAUGAAGCAAUUAUAAAAGAAUACGAGGAUAUGUUUGAAAAGCUGCAAGAGAUUGCGAGCGAUAUGCCGCCUUUGAACGGAAUAUUCGAGAACAAAGCUUGCCUUGCUAUUUUCAACGAAGACGGCCAGUGGUACAGAGCCUCCAUACUCCAGUACAGCAAUGAUACUAAUCAAAUUAAAAUUAGAUAUGUUGACUACGGUAAUAUAGAACUCGUUACGUUGGCUGACGUGAGAGAGAUCAACGAGAAAUUCAUUGAUUUGCCACCGUUGACGGUAACGGCUACUUUGCACGACGUGCAAGUAAAUCCAGCAAUCGAAACUAGUGUUAUUGCGGAGGAAUAUAAAAAUACGUUCUUAGAUAAAGGACCAUUUAAUGUUAAAGUUAUUGAUAAUGUAAACGACAUUCCUUCGGUGGAGUUGAGAAAUGAAAAAUCAGAAUUAGUUUAUAAGGACCUUAUUGAAAAUAAUAUUUUCUUACGUUCUAGUGAUGAGUGACUGGCCUUAGCUGCCUAUGUUAAAAUUUGCAUAUAUUAUGCUAUUAUCGUUAUGACAGAAUUUAAUUUCGUUAUUUGUUAUCUUUAAGGCUGAUUUUUUGUUCUAUAUCUGAGAUAUCUUUGUAGCAAUGAAUACAAAAAAUUAAAAUUACAAAA